UUGGGGGCGGGGAGUUUGACUGUGGUGAGAUUUUGGAACAGCUGGGCUUCCAGCCUCUGAGGAUUUUGUAGGUCUCGUUUCCCAUAAGCCUCUGGGUCACUGGGUCCCUUUCCGGUGUCCCCAAGUUCUUGGACUCCACGAGCUCUGGCUUUUCUGGACUCUGUGCUUUGCCAAUAAAGGAACCCUAUGGAACACUAAGUAAUCCUUGCAGUCAUAGAACCAUGACUGAUGGGUUGGUGACGUUCAGGGAUGUGGCCAUCGACUUCUCUCAGGAGGAGUGGGAGUGCCUGGACCCCGCUCAGAGGGACUUGUACGUGGAUGUGAUGUUGGAGAACUACAGUAACUUGGUGUCACUGGAUUUGGAGUCAACACAUGAGACCAAAAAUACCUUUUCAGGAAAGGGCAUUUCUGAAAUAAAUUUUUCUGAAUGGAAGAUCAAGGAAAAAAGUAAAACCCUUGACAUUGUGACAUCCAUUUUCAAAAAUAAUUGGAAGUACAAAAGCAAAAUUGAGGGACUACAGGAAUAUCAAGAAAAAAACUUCAGUCAAAUAAUAAUCAGUUAUAAAAAAAUUCCCACUUACAAAAAUAGUAAAUCUCUAAUUUCCUAUCAAAUAAUUCAUAAUCCAGAGAAAUCCUAUGUUUGUAAGGAAUGUGGGAAGACUUGUAGUCAUGGUUCAAAACUUGUUCAACAUAAGAGAACUCAUACAGCUGAAAAACACUUUGAAUGUAAAGAAUGUGGGAAAGACUUUUUUAGUGCCUAUCAACUCACUGUGCACCAGAGAUUUCAUACUGGUGAGAAACCCUACAAAUGUAAGGAAUGUGGGAAGACCUUUAGUUGGGGGUCAAGUCUUGUUAAACAUGAGAGAAUCCAUACUGGUGAGAAACCCUAUGAAUGUGAAGAAUGUGGAAAGGCAUUCAGUCGUGGCUAUCACCUUACUCAACAUCAGAAAAUUCAUAUUGGUGUGAAAUCUUAUGAAUGUAAGGAAUGUGGGAAAGCCUUUUUCUGGGGCUCAAGCCUUGUUAAACAUGAGGUAAUUCAUUCAGGUGAGAAACCUUAUAAAUGUAAAGAAUGUGGGAAGGCAUUCAGCCGUGGCUAUCAACUUACUCAGCAUCAGAAAAUCCAUACUGGUAAGAAACCUUAUGAAUGUAAAGUAUGUGGAAAGGCUUUUUGUUGGGGUUAUCAACUUACUCGACAUCACAUAUUUCACACAGGCAAGAAACCCUAUGAAUGUAAGGAAUGUGGGAAGACCUUUAAUUGUGGUUCAAGUCUUGUUCAGCAUGAAAGAAUUCAUACUGGUGAGAAACCCUAUCAGUGUAAAGAAUGUGGAAAGGCCUUUAGUCGUGGCUAUCACCUUACUCAACAUCAGAAAAUUCAUAGUGGUGAGAAACCUUUUGAAUGCAAGGAAUGUGGGAAAGCCUUCAGUUGGGGCUCAAGCCUUGUUAAACAUGAGAGAGUCCAUACUGGUGAGAAAUCCUAUGAAUGUAAAGAAUGUGGAAAGGCCUUUGGUAGUGGGUACCAACUUACUCGACAUCAAAUGUUUCAUACUGGAGAGAAACCCUAUGAAUGUAAGGAAUGUGGGAAGGCCUUUAAUUGUGGUUCAAGUCUUGUCCAACAUGAGAGAAUUCAUACUGGUGAGAAACCCUAUGAAUGUAAAGAAUGUGGGAAGGCCUUUAGUCGUGGCUAUCACCUUACUCAACAUCAGAAAAUUCAUAGUGGUGAGAAACCUUUUAAAUGCAAGGAAUGUGGGAAAGCCUUCAGUUGGAGUUCAAGCCUUGUUAAACAUGGGAGAGCCCAUACUGGUAAGAAUUUUUAUAAAUGUAAAUGUUGUGGGAAAGCCUUUGGUAGUGUCAGUCAACUUAGUGUUCAUGAGAGUUUUCAUACUGGUGAGAAACCUCAUCAAUGUAAGGAAUUUGGGGAGAGUUACUCAUGGCUCAAGCCUUGUUCAACAUGAUAGAACUCAUAGUAAUGAUAAACCAACCAUACAAAUAUAAAGAAUGGGGACUCCUUUAUACAGACAGCUUACUCAAGUAAAACAUUUGAUAUUGGUGAAACUUAAAGAUUGAAGAGAUGUAAAAACAUUGUUUUGUGGGUGGACAAUUUAACAAAUGGGGAAAUCUUACCCUUGAGAAACUUUAUGAAUGUAGGGAAUGUGCAAAAGCCUUACCUGUGUAUGGACAGUUUGCUUGAUAUCAGGAAACUCAUACUUAGUGAGAAAUAGUUUGAAUAUAAGAAGUAUGGAAAGGCCCUUAGAUUUCUACAUGAUCUUAUUGAACAUUAGUUUAUAUUGAUUUGAAACCAUUUAAAUGAAAGGAAUAUAUCUUUAUUCAUAGCACAGAGUCUGAGAAGCAUUGGAGAAUUUAUAUUCAUUAGGAACACUUUAAAGAAUGUGGAAAGAACCUAAAUUUAAUUCAGUCCUUGCUCUGCCCAACAGAGAAUUUAUACUGCUGUGAAAUCCUAUGAGUAUAAGGAGUGUGAGGAGUGUUACAGUUUGGCAAACAUCUUAGGGUACCUGAGAAUUCAUCCAAGUGAGAAACUCUUUGGAUAAAAAUGUAGGAACAGUUUUAGAUGAGUGCUACUCCAACUGUUGCCAGUCUACAAAACUGUUACCCAUCCAUCAUGACAUAAAUGCAGAAAAUGAGAGUAAAUGUUUGAGAACUUUUAUAGCAAUUUAAUAUUACCACAACAUCAUUGCAUUUUACAGAAGUAUCAAUUAGUCCAUGAAUGACUGGAAGUUAAAAACAAAAGUUUGCCCUCACCCAGAAGUAAUUGAGAAUGUACACACUUUAAAAACUAUGACACAGGUUAUGUGAUUUAAUCAGAACAAGAAAUCCCUCAUUUGUCACCUCUCUGAUUAGAAAAGCAGAAUAUUCAUACUAUAGGAAUAUUUGGCUAAUGUAGGACUUGCAACUUCUUUAUGCCAAUAAAAGCAUAGAGAAUUUGUAUCAAGUAUGUUUACUUAGUAAGUGUAUGGAAACCUUCUAACACUAUUCAGUCUUUGUUAAACUUCAGCAAAUUCAUUCUAGAGAAUAACCCUGUUAAUGUAACAAAGGUAGGAAGCCCCUUAUCCAUGGCAUAACCCAUACUGAUUUAUCACCAUUCCACCUCACUACCUGUGAAUAUUGGGCAAAAUGUUUGUCCUUUCUGGACAUCAUCUUUAAAAUGCUGCUGAUGGUAACUAUUUAAUAGUGAAUUGUAGAGAAUGGAUGGGUCUAGUAUACAUCAGGUCCUUGAAGAGUUUCUGGAAUGUAGCCUAUGCUCAAUACAUAUUAGCUGUUCUUAUUAUCCUCAUCGUUAGUAUUAAAUACUAGUGAAUUCUCAGGAGGUGAAUGCUCAUUGGUAUAAUUAAUCUAGAAAAGGUUUUCAUAAACAUUUAUUAAUUUGAACUUCAGAUAGUCCAUUCUGGAUAAAAUUUAACCACCUAAGAAUAUAAUAACCUAAGAGUAUUUUAAUUCAGAAUUUAUUCCUUAAGCUGCAUAAGAAGUUAAGGGUGAAAAUAAACAUGGAUUUAACAAGUGUUAAGAUGUUGGGAAUAUGCCUGAAGAACCAGGGAGAAGUGUGAAGCAAUUUGCCUCUAAUGAAUUCCAACAGACAGGUAGGCAAUAAUUAAAAUUCUUUGUUUACAUUUCAAAAUAAUUAGAAAUUACAAAGAAAAAUAUUGUCCAUUUGUAAUUUCCCCCCCAAAAUUUCACAACAAUUUUCAGGCAUUCAGAGAAGUCUAAGAAUAGUAUAAUAUACUCUCUAUCUAGAAUCGAUCAUUGUUACCAUUUUGCCGUAUUUACUUUCUCCCUCAUACAAUGGACCAUCAUUCAGCUUUAAAAGGGAAGGGAGUUCUGACACAUGCUACAAGAUGAACCUAAAGGGCAUUAUGCUAAAUGAAAUAAUCAUAUCACAACAAGAUAAAUACUAUAUGAUUCCACUUACAGAUGUACUUAGAGGAGUCAGAUUCAUAGAGACAGAAUGUAGACUGGUGGUUGCUGGGGGCUAGGGAAUGAGGAAUGAGAAGUAAUUAUUUCAUUUUGCAAGGUGAAAAGAGUUCUGGAGAUGAAUGGUAGUGGUGGUUGCACAGCAAUGUAAAUGUACUUUACCACUGAACUGUAGAUUUAAAAAUGGUUAAAUGGUACAUGUUCUGUUAUAUAUUUUACCAACAUUUAGAGAGAAAAAGAAAAUCCAGAGAUGCACAGAAACGGAGAAUUCCUUCAAUGGAAUCACCAGUAGACUGGAUAUGGCCAAAGAAAGAAUCAAUUAACUUGAAGAUAUGUCAAUAGUCUUCUAAACUGAUCACAAAGGAAAUAAAUGGAAAAAAGAAAAGAAAAACAAUCCUGGCCAGUGUGGCUUAGUGGUUUGAGCAUCAUCCCAGAACCAAAAGGUUGUAGUUUUGAUUCUUGGUCAGGGCACAUACCUAGGUUUUGGGUUUGAUCCCUGUUCUGGGCAUGUACAAUCCCCAGUCCAGGCACAUAUGGACACAAUCGAUGCUUCUCUCUUGCCUGGAUGUUUCUAGCUCUCCCACUGGGCCUUCCUCUCUCUUUAAAAGCAAUGAAAAAUAUAUGUCCUUGGAUGAGGAUUUUUUAAAAUAGAACAGAAUAUUUUAAAGCUUAGGGAUAAAUGUAGAAGGUGUAAUGUAUGUAUAAUUGGAAUACAGGGAGAAGAAGAAAGAGAAAGGAGCAGGGAAAAAUAUUGAAUUAAUAAUGGCCAAGAAUUUUUGACAAUAAGAGACAUCAAACCACAGUCAAGAAAGGUUUGGGUAAAUACCAAAAACUACACCAAGACGUAUCAUCCUAAAACUUCAGAAAACCAAAGACCAAGAGAAAAUCUUGGAAAGAAGCCAGAAUUUGGGUGUUGGCAACUAACCUAUAGAGACCCAAGGGUGAAAAUUAAAUCAUUUCAGAAAACAUGCAAGCAAGAAUAAAAUGGAGUGAAAUAUUUAAAGCAUUGAAGGAAAGCCCACCAACAGACUUCUAUACCAGGUGAAAUUCUUCCCUCAAAAGUGAAGAAGAAAUAGACUUUCUCAACAAGUAAAAAUCAAAGGAAUUUGUUGCCUGUAAAUCUGCCUUGCAAGAAAUGUUAAAAGAAGUUCUUCAUGGAGAAAUAAAAUGAUAUAGGUCAGGAACCCAGAUCUAUAAGAAUGAAAGAUCACUAGAGAAGGAAUAAAUGAAGACAAAAUAUUUUAUUUUCCUUAUUGUUGAUCUAAUGUAUGUGUUCAAAGUAAUAAUAACAGUGUGAUUAUAGCAUAAGAAUAACAAAUUAAUUAUUGAAGCCAGGUAAUGGAUGGAGUCUUUCCCAUAGUCUGGCUUACCCUAGGUUUACCAGAUCCACAAACCCACUUGGUUGUCAUUUUGCUUGUCCCAAAUUGGAAAUAAAAAUAAACUACUUGGGCAAUAUCGUGAACCCAACAUUAAGUAUUUGGAAAACAGUGGAGAAAGCCAAGUGGAAACCUCUGAAACCUCUCCCUACCUCCCAAAAUAUAGUAUUCAAUAAAUUAAAAACAGUAUAAUUUCCCAGUGGUAAUGACAGAAGUUAUUACCACUCUUAAAGGACUUUGAAAAAACA